AUGCACAUCAAAGAAAUAUGGCCGGAGCCUCCGCUGGGGAAGAGGACGCAAGAGCCGCCGCGCAUUCCAAAAACGGUUGAGGCCUUCCAAAGGACGAUAGGCAAGGAGAAAAAAGAGCGCUCCCUGAGGAGUCUGGGCGCUGUGCUAUCUGAUAUCGUGGAGAUAUUCACGGAGUCAGCGUCCAACUCGACGAGCAUCAAGAAAGUCCGAGACAUAAAAGCAGAAGUGAAGAAAAUAGAAAAUUUGUACGAGGAGGCAAACUCGGUGAUAGCCGGGUACAGGGAGAAAGAGGCGCAGGAGCGGGUUAUUGCGCUCGUGAAAAAACAAAUAAAACAAAAGCAAAACCUAAUUAACAAAUUAAAUUUAAAAGAAAAAGAAAAAAACAGCUGA